AUCUUAUGCGCUGCGUUUUAACAACUUUGGGAGAUAAUACUCUUUCGGCUGCUUGUCCUUGUUGAAUCACACAUCUGUCUAGUCUCGACAAUGGAACUUCGUAUUUGCAGCGUCGUAUCUCUGUUCAUCGUCUCUUGUUUGCUCUUUAAAUUAGCACGGGGCGGAAGUUCUGGUUCGGUUCUUUUCAUCGAUAGCCAAAAUCGUCAAUAUCUUCGCACGCCAUCGACUAAUGAUGUUGCCGAGUCUCAAUCACUGUUUCUUCAAGAAGUUGGUGCUGCUGUGUUAGUCUUGCUUGGUUUUGCACCACCCCCUACGAUUUCAGCUUCUGGUUCAUCUAAGUUGAAUGACGUUCUCAUGCCUAAUCCAUUUGAUAGGCCUCGUGCUGUAUUUUUGCUGGAAGUUGCUGGGAUUGGUGAUAUCAGACGUGUUGGCCUGACUAAUAUUCCUUUAAGCAAUGCUUUAAGUGGCAAGAUCAUUCCGAGUUCCGAUAAAGCUAACAUUCAACUUCCAGAUGAAGAUGAUGUCUCUGUGGUUUCUUUGGAUGACAGACCUGUAGAUUUCACAGACAAUGAAAUAAUUGAUUUUGCAUCUUGGUUGGGUGGAUCUUACUCUAAUGAUGUCUCAGAACCCUUAAAUGGACAUCUCACAAUUCCUAUGGCAAAUGGUGCUAGUGUGAAUCUUUAUAUGUCAAAGAAACCUGACAGGGAAUUUACAGAAUCUUUACUGGCAUUGUUCCACAAUGCCAGAACGGCAAUAGAGAUGCAUGAAGAUUUGUCCCAAAGCAUGCAGAAGCCUGCUGAGCUGCUGAUGGGUACUUUUAAUGGGAUCAAGGCAUUGCAAGAGAAUGAUGAUUCUGAAGGUGUUGCACAGCGGGCACUGGAGCUAUUAUUUGUAGUGUCCAAAGUUUUUGAUUCGCUGCAAUCAGCUUACAAAGGCGAAAUUGUGGGAGUUGUAUUGCUUAGUGGGACACCGCCUUUAGAAUCAGAAACAAUGCUGAAUGUGAUGUUUACUUCCCGGCCAUCGGCACGCUGGUUGGUGGAAAGUAAGGAGUCUACUAAUUCUACCAUUGCAGAAGUGGUGUUGGUCAGACAGACCCUCGCUUGGUUGACAGGAAUUAUUCUUAUCAUUGCAACUCUUUUAGGGAUUCACUUCCUCCUCAAUAUGCCACUCACAAGGGACACACUCCUGUAUUCUAAUGUCAAGCUAGAUUAAGCUGAAAACUGCAUACUGAUUCUUGAAUGUUUCAAAAGGGACACCCUGGCCUCCUGUAUUCUAGUGUCUGCGUGUUUUUGAUGCCCCUUUUUUUGGUUUCUAUUAGGUUACUCUAGCAAAUCAGAUGUUGUCUUUUUGGGUAGUUGCUACAGGACAAUCUGGGUUUGUAAACCAGAACAAGCAAUAAUUGAAGAAGCCAUCACCCGGUUUCACUGCCCUAUUAAGUGAUUCCUUCCUGGCAAUGGAUGAACGAUGAUUAUUAUGUAAUAUAUAUUAAGUUGUGAAGGUGGUCAUCUUAUAUUUUGUACUUGUUGGUUAUGGUGAUUCUGCCUUGAUUUGUAGUCAAAAGUUUUUCAUUCAA